CUAUUGUGAUGGACUUCAGUGUUUGUUAUUAUACUUUUGCGGUUAUAAUUGUCGAGUGUACAGCUGCAAAAUACAUUUAAAUACUGAAAAUAAGUAAAGUCCUCUGACGGAGGGGGAUAUGGAGUAUUCCAAAAGUGAGGGUGGCGGUGGGGGAAGAGACUUUUACGUAGGCAUGGCAGAAGAUCCUAACGAAAUUCUUGUAUUUGGCUAUGCCUGCAAACUGUUUAGAGAUGAUGAGAAGGCUGAGUGGAUUGAUAAAGAAAGUCAUUUGAUUCCUUGGAUGGGAGACCCUUCCGUUAAAAUCGAUCGUUACGAUGGACGUGGUGCUCUGGUUGAUUUAUCAAGUGGUGGAUUAGCAGAUGGUGUUGAUCACAUGGAAUCUGGUGAUCGGCAAGAGUUGGAAAGUGUUUUAGAGAAAGAGAGAUAUCGUGAUUUGAGAGAGGAUUCUGAAUUUGAUGAUGACAACUAUCAAGAAGUUGAAUUUCGCAAGUUCCAAUUCGACGUAAAUUCCAUGAAUCAGAGCAGUGAGAGCGGUGGUGGUGGUGGCGACGAUUCCUACGUCGCAGUUGGAUAUUGUUAUGAUGAUCCAUUGGUGACGAAAAACAACGAACAGACGUUCGUGGUCCAGACUGUCGACAAGGCUGAUGAUGAGCGACCGUAUGUGAAACCCUUUGGAUUAAUGAUGCCUCCCAACGUUAUUGUGCCCCCAACAAUGAAGUUACAUUCUAUUAUCGAAAAGACGGCAAAGUUUAUUGCUGGUCACGGCAGCCAAAUGGAAAUUAUAUUGAAAACUAAACAGUCGGGAAAUCCCCAUUUUAAUUUUCUCGAUUAUAAGGACACAUAUAAUCCCUAUUUUAAGUAUCUGGUACAAGCUAUUCGCGACAAUACUUAUACACCAGAGGAGGAUUCAGACACCUCUGCCGAAUCUACAUCUAAACUUUCAACUGAUAACGGAGGAGGAAUUGGUGACGAGGAUGAGGACGACGACGACGACGACGGAUACUUACACCCUAGCCUAUUUCGCAGUUCAAUUGUAGACACUAUAACCAAUUUACCUUCACUCAAUUUCAGAACAAACACUGAGAAUUCGACCUACUCAUUGCUUGUUUCUAAAAUUCGAGAAUCUACAGGAACUUCUAGUCCUACACCACCAGUCGUAAACCCUUAUGCUGGUUAUGAUGCAUAUAAUGGUGCAUAUAAUAACCAGCAGUACGUCAAUCCACACUACCACACUCUAAAUUCUGGAGUAAAUCCUGCAGACGCGUACUCCAUGAACUCGGCAAUAGCCGUCGACCCAAGUGUUGCUCAAACUCGUCCAGAUAGUCAGAUACCAAAUUCCAGUGACCAGACAGUGAUUGAAAAGAUGGCAAGCUAUGUUGUCAAGAAUGGUCCAGCUUUCGAAGAGCUUGCUAGAACUAAAGGGGAUCCCCGAUUCGUAUUUUUAAAUCAAUCACACAAAUACCACUGGUAUUAUCUGAACUGUAAAGAGCGAUUCAAGGCAGAAAGUGCAGCCGUUGUUGUUAAUCGAAAUUUUGUGAGCUACUCGUCAGAACCCUCCACAUCUCAAGCCUCUCUUACUACCAUACCUACAGUAACCGUUUCUGAACCCAUUGUCCAGAAAAAAAUAAUCUUAAAGUCUGUCGAGUUACCUUUAUCCUCCAGCGGAAUACCAAUUGCCAAUAUAGAAAGUAUUUCUAAUCGUCCCACAUCAAUACCACCAGAAGUGGCUUCCCGAAUCGAAUUAAUUAAGAAGAAAAAUGCACUGUUUGCCAAGAAAGAAUCCCCACCGCCUCUUAAGAUUCAGUUUGCCAACUCUAUUGGGAAAGCUUCAACUCUAUCGGCGUCAGAUGAAGACAGCUCAACAAUUGCUGAUCAAAAAAACUCGGAAGAAUCGAUUAAUCACAUGGAGACUUCUGUAACCCCCAUCAAGACUUCUUCAAUUGUGGAAAUGACUAAUUUACUACCGGUUGUUCGUGAUGAUAAAUCUAUACCUGAAAAUAAUGAGGAGGAGGCAGAACGUUUAAGAAAACAAAUGAGACGACAAAAGGCGGCAUUGUUUCUACAAAAGAUAUCUGCCAAAGCCAGUGAAGAAGCCGCAAAAACUAAUAAUAACGUCGAAAAUGAAGCCAUUAAAACUGAUGGGAAUUGUUUACCUUCUGCGCCAAUCACAUUAGAUGAAGAAGAUGGGGCCAAAUCUAUUAAAGCUUAUGAGAGAUUACAUAGUUCUAAUUCUACCAAUCCCGAGGUCGCAGAGGUCAAAAAUGGAACAAAGAAACGAUCGGCAAAUGAUGGGAGAUCUCGAUCUAGAAGCACAUCUCGUUCUUUUCGAUCUCAAUCUCGCUCAUCAGAAUCUUCACUUUCAAUACUUAGUAGUGAUGAUUCUAGCAGUAAGAAGAAAAAGCGAACCAAACGGAAGUCGUCAAAGAAAAGGAGAAAGAAGCAUGAGCGAGGAAGAUCACGAAGCAGUUCUACAAGCCGUAAGAAAUCGAAGAAACAUAGACGAUAACAAUAAAAUUUCAAUUAAGCCUUCUAUAAAUACAUAUUAUAGAAGGCGUCUGCCGCAUAAAUACUUUUGAGUUUAGUAAUUUUAUAAGCGCAUAGCAUAGCCAUUUACUAUCUCGGACACGCCAUGUUUCAAAUUAUAAAUUUCAAAUUGAACUAUUUUAAAAUCAAUCCUAGAUUUGUUUUUAUAUUCUAAAUCGUAAGUGACACUUCCUCGAGGCGUGUAGAUUUUUUAUGCCCUUUUUGGAAUGAAUAUGAAUUAAUCUCCAAGUAAUUAUGUUUGCCCUCUGGUAUGUACUAUAUGGCAAUAGUAUAGUUUUGAUACCUAGUGUAAAUUAAUGAUAAUAUCAUAAACAAAUCCAUGCUUUCCGAUUUAUAUGCAUAUUUUAUAAAUGCGACAAUAAUAUUAGAUAUAUUUUGGAAGUAUCAAUCGCUUAUCUAAAAAAAAGAAUAAUAAGGAUAUAAAAUUGUA